UGCAAAGGGGCAUCUUGGCGGCCGCAAGGCUUGUUCCGCCAGUUGUAUCGCUAUGUACCUCGCAUACGAGGCGGUGUCAGCGCAGCCUCUCCGGCUCCCACCGCUGGCAACCAUGAGAUCGGCAUAAGGCAAUAUAGUAAUGCCAGUGGCAGCGUUCUUCCACCCUACCUGAGGAUCGCUAGCAACUUCCUUGCAUUGAACUUGAGGCCGUCUGGUCAGGGAUCUUAUCAUGGUGCCCGACUGGAUGGCGGUGCCUGUCAUGUGUUUGAUCACGAGGGUAUACCGUCUAUUUGCCCCCUGCGAUCUCCCGCUUCCGGUCCGUGCAUCCUCCGACAGAGAGAAUUGGACGACUUCAGAGGCCUGAUUGUGAUCGUAGGCCGCCCUGAUGGUCGGCAUGACUCACUGUCCACAAGUAUGGACACAUGCGCAGAUGCGCAUAGCGUCAUCACUAAGGCCACGGCCAGUUCGUUGGGGUUCAAGGUGCUAGAUGAGAGCAAGAAAUGUCGACGGAGGGUUGCUGGGAACCACGAGAUCGAGUCUUUGGGAAGCAUUGUGAUCCCCAUGAGGAUGCGUUGCGAGAGGGGAAUGAGAGAGGUGGAAUUCGAUGUCUUUGAAGACCUCGCUGGACACCGGGCAAUCCUCAGCUCAUCUCUAACUAAGGAUCUUGGGCAUCUGAUCCGAUUGCAGUGUGCAGAAUGC